AUGUCUAACUGGUUCGCGCAACCCAAAGGCAGCAACCAUUCCUCCGCUGAUGAGGGGAGAGGUGUCGGCGAGUCUGAUCAAGACACCCAGGUCAUGGAGCCUGACCAGGGCAAUGUCCUCUCCCACAUCAUCUCCCAGCUGCGGCCGGGUGCCGACCUCAGUCGAGUCGUGCUACCAACCUUUAUUCUCGAACCUCGAAGCAUGCUGGAGAGGAUAACAAACUUCAUGUGUCAUCCAGAGAUGCUCCUCGACGUCCCCAAUAUUGACGACCCCGUCCAACGCUUCGUUUCCGUCGUCAAGUUCUACCUUAGCGGAUGGCAUAUCCGACCUCCAGGUGUCAAGAAGCCGUUAAAUCCCAUUCUUGGUGAAAUCUUCACCUGCUAUUGGGACCUCGACGUCAACAAGAGAGCCUACUACAUCUCGGAACAGACGUCCCAUCACCCUCCCAAGUCGAGCUACUUCUACAUGGCUCCACACUACCACAUCCGGAUUGACGGUACAUUAAAGCCAAGAAGCAGGUUCCUCGGCAACUCGGCAGCCAGCCUCAUGGAGGGUGUCGCUUACCUGGCCUUUCUGAACCGAGGCCAGAACAGGGAUACGGGUGAACAAUACAUCUUGACACAACCCAACAUGUAUGCUCGAGGACUCCUAUUUGGGAAAAUGAAGUACGAGUUGGGCGAUCACAGCGUAGUUCGAUGCCCCGAGCUAGACUUGACUGCCGACAUUGAGUUUAAAACCAAGGGCUGGGUGAGCGGGACAUACAAUGCCAUCGGAGGAGUAAUCAAGAUCGAGAGCACUGGCGAGGUUCUAUACGAGCUGUCGGGUCUUUGGAGCGACGACAUGUUUAUCAAGGAUGUAAAGACCGGCCACAAAGACAUGUUCUUCAACGCCACCACCUCCAAGCCGAGUCCCCCCAAAGUCCGGCCGUUGGCCGAGCAGGAGGAGCGUGAAUCUCAGAAGUUGUGGCUAUCCACCGCCAAGGCCGUCAAGGAGAGAAACCACGAGCUAGCCACCCAGGAGAAGACCAGGAUUGAAGACCGGCAGAGAGAAGAAGCUGCCAAGAGAGCGCAAGAUGGCGUAGAAUGGCAUCCUCGACUAUUCCGGCGCGUCAAGUCCAGUGAUGGCGUUGGGGACGAUCUAGAGUGGAUCAUUCACAGUACAGUCGAUCCACGUGCUUCCCUCGAAGAACAGACGAGGCAGUUGCUCUCCAUUUACCCCGUUGUCGACGGGCAAACGUUGGACGGUGAUCUCGCCAUCCCGCCCAGGAAAGGAACCAGCCAAACGGACGAUGGGGCAAGAAAAGAAGGCCAUCUUAUUGGCAUGGACGGAAAGCUAGCCACGGUGCAAGAUGCGACCAAGCGAGAGCCCGAUGAGAUUGAGAGCUUGCUCAGCUCCACCGGAAAACCUGCUCAGGGACCGCUGAUCGACUUUGGCGACGAAUGA